CGGCAGUGGCAUCUGCGGGAGUGGCCGUAGAAGAAGACGCAGCCGCAGCAGCAGCCGGAGGAGAAUUUGCCAGCAUGGCGUUUACUCUGUACUCCCUCAUCCAGACCGCUAUUCUCUGCACGAACGCGAUCGCUGUGCUGCACGAAGAAAGGUUUCUCAGCAAGAUCGGCUGUGGUGUCGACCAGGCGGUUGGAGGUUUUGGAGAUGAUCCCGGAGUCAAAGCCCAAAUCCUGAAUCUUAUCCGCUCCGUCAGGACCGUAAUGAGAGUGCCUUUAAUUAUAGUAAAUUCAGUCUCCAUCGUCUUGUUGCUGCUGUUUGGUUAACGCUGACCCUGAGGAGCAGACAAACACACACGACUACACACAUCUGCACAGACCCACACUGACCUGUGUGUGUGUGUGAUUCAAGGACCUCUGGAUUGACGUGGUGAAAUAUUCAAGACAACAACUUUUUAAACUGUUGACUUGAGUGUCGUGGACACAGAUGGAGCCGUUUGUGGACAGUUCUUUUUAAGGUUGUACGUUGUGAACUUCAUCCUCACUGAGGUGUGAAAUUGUUCUGUUUUUCUAAAACAAUUUCAUGUGUAAUGUAACAUUUUUGCAGCACUCCAAAUAAUGUAAUUUUGUAUGUGAACUUGUUAUUGCCAAAACGUUCCUCAUGGUGGCGUGAGAGCCUGAAAUAAUAAAGAAUGUUUUACACACUAA